GAUUGCACUGUGGCUGCGUGUGUUGUUGUUUGAUUGCACUGCGGCUGCGUGUGUUGUUGUUUGAUUGCACUGCGGCUGCGCGUGUUGUUGCCGAUGGUGCCACAGGGUCUCAAGACAAGCCGAGCGGAGACGGAGGAGGAGGCGGGCUCAGGGCUCCUACAGUACACUGUGCAAUCCUGCCAUCGAUGCUGCACGACUCGCCUGGAUUAACACAUUCAACAGCUUUAGAAGAACCACUGGAUAUUAUUAUUUAAACAUUGCAAUAGCAGCCCUGCCGUUACUAACCCCCGAUAAUCAGCGAAUCCCCGUUAUAUGAUACAUUAUCCAGUUGCUAAACCCGUCCUAUCAUCCAUGUGGGUUCGGGACCUCUGUGUUUCGGACUAUGGCGAGGAAAACAGUUAGCAGGAAAAGGAAGGCAGCGGAGCAGCAGGCGGAACAGCUGGCCUGGGGUGAGUCGGUGUGCAAGCGGAAGCGUCUGCCGGUGGUGAAGAAGUCUGUGGUGUGUUUCCUGAAGGGCCGGGAGUUCCGGCAGCAGCAGCAGCAGCACGAGCACCACCUCCAGCAGAGCCUGCGGGGCUGUGCCGCCCAGCGACUGCCAGGCAUCCUCCGCGAGAGGGAGUUCACCCUCGGCACCCUCAACAAGGUCUUCGCAUCCCAGUGGCUCAACCACAGGCAGGUGGUGUGCGGGACCAAAUGCAACACGCUGUUUGUGGCAGAUGUGCUGACUGGGCAGAUCACUAAGAUCCCCAUGCUGAAGGACCGGGAGCCUGCCUCUGCUCUGCUGGACCAGCAGGGCUGUGGGAUCCACGCCAUCGAGCUGAACCCCUCCCGCACGCUGCUGGCCACUGGUGGAGACAACCCCAACAGCCUGGCCGUGUACAGACUACCCACCCUGGACCCUGUUUGCGUGGGAGACGACGGACACAAAGACUGGAUCUUCUCAAUAGCAUGGAUUAGUGACAGCAUGGCGGUGUCUGGCUCUCGAGACGGCUCCAUGGGUCUGUGGGAGGUGACAGAGGAUGUGCUGUGUAAGACUGGGGGCGGGCACGAUUCCACUGGGGUGCCCACCUACUCCCACAUCAGCCACCGCGCCCUCAAAGACCUCCCCAAGGAGUACACCAACCCCUACAACUGCAAAGUGAGAGCGCUGGCUUUCAACAGCAACAGCAAGGAGCUGGGAGCCGUGUCCCUUGAUGGAUACUUCCACUUGUGGAAAGCAGAGCACAGCUUAUGCAAGCUGCUCUCCACCAAGCUGCCGCACUGCAAGGAGAACGUGUGUCUGGCAUACGGACAGGAGUGGUCCGUGUACGCGGUGGGCUCGCAGGCCCAUGUCUCCUUCCUGGACCCCAGGCAGCCCCCCAACAAUGUCAAGUCUGUCAGCUCUCGGGAGAGGGGCAGCGGCAUUCGCUCGGUCAGUUUCUACGAGCACAUCAUCACGGUGGGCACGGGCCACGGUUCACUGCUGUUCUACGAUAUCCGUGCCCAGCGCUUCCUGGAGGACCCCGUCGGGGCGAGCUGCGGGCACAAGGGCAGGCUGGGAGAAGGGAUCCUCAAUCUGACCACGGGCAAGGGCUGGCUGAACCACGACGAGACGUGGAGGAGUUACUUCUCAGACAUCCCCUACUUCCCCAACGCCGUGUACACGCACUGCUACGACUCCUCCGGGACCAAGCUGUUCGUGGCGGGCGGGCCCCUCCCCUCUGGUCUCCAUGGAAACUAUGCCGGCCUCUGGAGCUAGCAGCAUCCCCUCCUCCACACACCACUUCCUCCGAAAUGUAUUCUCCCCCCUGGGCCCCACCUCCCAUUUUGUAAUAUAUGUUAUAUUAUUAUUAUUUUCAAUUAGACAUUAUUUUGUGGUAUGAUUUUAUUUGAAAUACAUGUUUUUAUUUUCA